AUGAACAUUUCACAGCGAGAAUACAAAGUGGUGGUGGUUGGCGGCGGAGGCGUCGGAAAGAGCGCAAUCACUCUCCAGUUUGUUCAGAGCCAUUUCGUUGACGAAUACGAUCCAACUAUUGAGGACUCGUACCGAAAAGAAAUCAUCAUCGACACCAACCUCACAACCCUCGAUGUCCUGGACACAGCUGGACAAGAGGAGUACUCCGCCAUGAGAGAACAGUACAUGCGCAACGGCGAUGGCUUCCUGCUGGUUUACUCAAUCACUUCACGGGACUCAUUCGAAGAGGCCCAGCUGUUUUACAACCAGAUCCUGCGAGUCAAGGACGUGGCGCGUGCACCUGUGGUUCUGGUCAGCAACAAGUGUGAUCUUUCUGCUGACAGACAGGUUUCUACAGUCGAGGGUCAGCGUCUGGCUCGAGAGUGGAACGUGCCUUUCUUCGAGACUUCGGCGCGGUACAGAGUCAAUGUCGACGAGCCCUUUUGCGAUCUUGUGCGGGAGAUUCGACGGCACCAGAUUGAGCGACACCGACAGGGCAGCAGCAGCUCGACCAUGCACAUGAGCAUGGGUAGCAGUAUGGGCAGUGUUAAGGGCCGAAGUGUGCGAGAGAAGCUCGAAGAGGGGGAUGACGGAGAAAAGAAAGAAAAGAAGGCGUGCUGUGUUAUUUGUUAA